CCGACAUUGCUUUUAGGUUCUGAUCCUAUCCCGGUUUGGCCGUUAUUCCGGUCCCCCCCCCCCAGAAAUGGGAGGCCGCGGACUCGUUGGCUGGGCUCUCCUCCUUCUAACUUUAUCCGGUGCGGCAGGAAUUACCAUAUCCAGCCCCGAUUCCGGAAACUUCGUGACCGGAGCAAAUAUAUACCUGAGGAUCUCACACGAUUUUCCAAACGCGACCAUCAUGUGGAAAAGAGGCGGCGUUUUAAUACUACAGUUAAUUAAAGGCGAUGUUAUCGGGAAGUUAACCGAAUAUAAAGACAGGCUGAACGCUGCCGAAAACGGAUCCCUCCUUAUAAAUAAAACCACCGCAGCCGACGCCGGCACAUACACCGUCACAAUCAGUGAAUUCGGGGAGGCCGACGGCGUCCUGCCAUUCCAAGUAAAAUUCUACGACCUGGUAAAGAAUGUAACGAUGGAAUCUUCGCCAGCGUCGGUUGACGAAAGGACCCCCGUCGUCAAUUUGUCGUGCAGCGCAUCUAGAUCAGGCGAGACGUUCACGUGGCAGAAGGACGGGGGUCCCCUUCCCGGUAAUUAUAGUUACAGCCUGUUGGAUGGAAACAGAACGUUACAGAUCAAAAAUCCAAACAGGACCCAUAACGGAGAUUAUGUCUGCAAUGUCUCCAACCCGGUGGACUGGGCCUACAGCAACUUCACUCUGAGGGUUUCCGUUCUUGCAGAUUCUUCUCUAAGCCCUGGUGCCAUAGCCGGCAUCGCGAUCGGUUCCGUCCUAGGAGCGUUGUUACUCAUUGCUUUGAUCAUACUGAUUAUCCUGAUGUGUCUGAAACGAAGGAAAGACACAAAGGAGAAGAAUCCUGAUGGUCCUGCUCAUAAGACUGUCCUUCGUACCGUAUCAGGUUCAACUCUGUCUCCCGAUGACCCUGCUUACUUCACCAUGAACAACAUCAUGUACCGCAGCUCCUCAAUCUCUAUGGGCUCCUAUAUUUUGCCUUCUGGGGAAAUUACUACGAAUGGUGGAAGAACUUCAAUCAACAUUCCAAGUGUCCCAACAAAGACAAAACAUGCAACUCAAGUUUGAGUCUUCAUUAAGCGAACUUUGCUGUCUGAAGAAGACUUCAUUCUAUGACAGUUAAUGGACAAUCCAAGAACUAUAUAGACCUUACAACUGUCUGUAGGGUGAGAUUUUGUUCGGUUUGGUGUCCUCAAUGAUGCGUUAAGAACUGGUGGUCAAACAAGGUCUUCAACAAGGUCAUUUCUGAUGGUCUAUGAGAAAAUGGCGGUUCGGGUAGAGAGACAUUUCCCUCAUAAGCAUCUGUAUAGCCUACAGGAAGCCCUUCGUCCCAAUGACAAUGGAUGUAUCCUGCCAAGUGACUUAAGAGGUACUGGAGGGCAAGGGUCAGUAACAACGUAUCUUGGGUCUCAGGUAAGACUAUCUCCAUGAGGUCUUAAUUUCACACCUCAUCGAAAUCGUAACCAUAUCUGAAAGAGACAACCAGUAAAAAGACCCCUCUUCCAUUUCCCAAAGUUUCCAGGGAUCAGUAUUGUCUAUAAAA